AUGCAUUCUUUGCGUCUCCUAUUCUUUCGAGCUCAAUCUUUUUCUCCAAAAAAAUUCCACAGCUCAAUCAAAAUAUCUUACUUUAGCUCAAAGACAAACAUAUCUUCGCUGGCGAAAUUGCGAAAACAUACAGGUCUUCCCCUUAGUAGUUGCAGAGAAGCUCUAAAUAAAAAUGAUGAUGAUUUUGAUAAGGCACUUGAGUGGAUUCGCAAAGAGUCAAUAAAAAAAGGAUGGGCCAAGAUUGGAAAGUAUUCGAAUAAUACGUUAACUCAGGGAGUUUUGGGUCUCGCUGCUACUAAUUCUCACGCUGUCAUUGUCGAAGUCAAUUGUGAGACCGAUUUUGUGGCUAGAAAUCCUGAUUUUCAAAUUUUGGUUGAGAAGGCUGGUGAGUGCAUACUUAAGAAUUUUAUGGUGAGUAUUUGGAUUUUGAAAAAUCCAUUUGUUAAUAACUCUUCUUAUCCUUGCCGCGCCAAAUGGGAUAUGCAUACUCUUAGUAAACUUAAUCUCGACAACACUCAUAGCCUUGCUGAUAUGGUUGCCUUAACGCUGAAUAAAAUUGGCGAGAGUAUUGCAAUUAAUCGUGCAGUGGGCCUUAGUGUCGGUUCAAAUGUAGCUGCCGAAAGUUUAGCUGCAUAUGCUCAUCAGAGUUCCUCUGGACUUUCCUCUCGUAAAGGUCGUGUUGACUUCGGAAAAUACGCUAGUAUUGUCCGUUACCAAGCCAUGUCUGGUGAUCUGCCUGAGAAUUGGAAAGGCAAGGCCGCCUUGGUUGGACGACAGAUCUGCCAGCAUAUUAUCGGCCUAAAUCCGCUUCCGGGCCUUCUGUCUUCCGUGCCAGUCGGUCUAUCAAACGAAGCAAAUUUAUCAACUCGGCCACCCGACGAGGAUAGUCAUCUGCUAGAACAACCAUUUAUUUUUGAUGAAUCGCUGACAGUGAGAGAGGUGGCUACACUCAACCGCAUGCACUUGCUUGAUUUUGUUCGUUGGGAGGUUGCUACAGACGAAAUUGGGAGUGAGGGUGACGAGCGAGAUGAGCAAGUAAACACUCAGGCCUCUUCCAGCAGCAAUGCUUCUGGCGAAAAUUUCACCACUGCGAUCAAAUGA